AUGCUGGGCCUACUGUGGGAAAACGGACCUAUCAGAGUUACUGAAACAGCUACUGGAGAUAAAAUCACUUACAAAAGAUGGGAGAAAUCCUGGGCGGAAUCGUUUGCUAUGCUAUAUAUAGAUAACCCAGUUGGUACUGGCUACAGUUAUUUAGACAGUGGUCAUCGUGGUUGGAAAACUACCAACCAUGGCUACACAGAGGACUUGUUCUCCUUCAUCAGCCAACGAAAAUGGAUGAUUCCUGACUAUUUGAACACCCAGUUGCAUAUCGGGGGCCAGUCUUACGCUGGGAAAUAUGUCCUAUCUACAAACAGAUCGGCGAUACCGCUUGCGGGGAUCUACUUGGGUGGACCUUUCUUUGAUCCCUACUCCCAUUCGACAAAUGGUUCACGUCGGUACAACAGAGAACCUUUCAAAGAGUAUGGAUCUGAUUUCUUGGUCAGAACGAAGCUACAACUGGCUGAAAUCAUGGACAACUGUCAGGUCCUUAUUUACUCCGAGGACGUUGAUGGGAUCGUUACUGCUGUGAAUAUUGAAGAAGUCAUCUUGUCGACACCUUUUCUCCUCCAGGGUCUUUACAAUGCGUCAGAUCGACAAACGUGGCAGAAUGGUUCUAUAAUUGUAGGUUAUUAUAUACAUGUAGGCGGGUUCUGUCGAGUGAUUGUCCGCAAUGCUGGUCACCAGGCGCCUCACGAUCAACCGGACAUCACAAAAACGAUAAUGCUGGACUUUGUUCGUCACGGUUGUAUUCAGUAA